CAUGGGGAUGACCUACUCCGAGUUAUCUGUGAUCGGACGGCUGAGGAAGAUCUCAAAGUGCGGCCCGUUCAGCAUGUUCUGUAAACUCAUUCACACGUGGAAGGACGCGCUCUCGCCGUCAGAGGUGGCUCAGAAGGUGAAACACUUUUUCCGGAUGUACUCGGUGAACCGCCACAAGAUGACCACGGUGACGCCGUCCUACCACGCCGAGAGCUACAGCCCCGACGACAACCGCUUUGACCUCCGACCUUUCCUCUAUAACACACGCUGGAGCUGGCAGUUCAGGUGCAUCGACAACCAGGUGUUUCUGUCCUUCCUCACAGGUCUCUCAGUUGGCAGCAAACAAGAAAUAAGAGCUUCAGGUCUUCAGCGUCCACAGAAAAACUACAUCACAUCUGUGAUAAUGUCAGUUUUUGCAAACACGAGGUCAUGCAGGUAAAAUAAUCAUGUUUCUGGGAAUACAGAGAACCUUUGUUCU